AAAAUUUGACAAUUUUACUACCAUCGCUCCUAUGAAAUAAACGCCAUGGAUUGAUUUUCAGCAAAGCUUUGAGGGUUUUUGUUGGGUUUAUGUCAAACCUUCUUCUUCACCACACAAUACUCACAAUUCACAAACAAUGAAUCGACGUCGUUUCACUCUCUUCACUCUCCAACUCCUCACUCACACCAAUCCCCUACACACAAUCCCCACCUUAACUCCCCUACACCCUCACCUCCUCCGCCACCUCUCCUCCACCACCACCAACUUCCGCCGUCCACCACCCGAUCCAAACGACCCCUCCACCCUCCUCAAAGAAGACGGAUUCUCCCUCUGUUCCCAAAUGUGGAUCGACAAUUUCCGCCACCCUGACAAAAUCAUCACCAACCUCUCCUCCUAUCUCCGCCGCUUCGAACUCUGGCUCCUCGCUUACCAAAAAGUUACCACCGAUGAAACCGGUUCAUACACUCCUCGUAGUUCAAUUCAACGACCGCAACUCGAAGAUCUUCUCGCUCUUCGAAAUGCGGUUAUUGAUGGUAAUUUUAAAUGGGGUUCGCGUCUCAAAUUUCAUAUCAAAUCACCGAUUGAUAAAACUGAUUAUGAAUCGUUAUCGAAAAGGAAAAUUAAAAUGAUUUUGACAACUACUCAACCUACACCUUUUCAGGAUAAAAUUGUUCAGGAGGUUUUGUUGAUGAUUCUUGAACCUAUUUAUGAACCUAGGUUUUCAGAGAAAUCGUAUGCGUUUCGUCCUGGGAGGACGCCGCAUACGGUUUUGAGAGUUAUUAGAAGGAAUUUUGCUGGUUAUUUGUGGUAUUUGAAAGGUGAUUUGAGUACUUUGUUAGAUGGGGUUAAAGUAGGGUUAGUUAUUAAUGCUGUUAUGAGAGAUGUUAGGGAUAAGAUGGUUGUUGAUUUAUUGAAAUCCGCGUUGGUUACGCCGGUUGUGGUAAGUAAUGUUGAUGAUAGAGAGAAGAAGAAGACGAAAAGGAAGUAUCAGAAGAAGAGGGUUUUGAAUGAGGAUGAACCGAAGCCGGAUCCUUAUUGGUUGGAUACUUUUUUCGGUUUUGCGCCCGAGGAAGCUGAGAAGGUUCCGAAUUGGGGGCAUUGUGGAAUUUUGAGUCCACUUCUGGCGAAUAUUGUUUUGGAUGAGUUGGAUCGUUGGUUGGAAGGGAAAAUGAAGGAGAUUUAUGUUCCUUCUAAGAGUGAUGUUAUAUGGAAUUGUCCUGAAGGGGAAGCCGAGCAAGGAAACACUUCUUGGCCGGAGUUUGUGCCUACUAGUGGACCUGAUAAAACUAGGAAGAUGGAUUUUAUAAGAUAUGGUGGUCAUAUCUUGAUUGGUGUUCGGGGUCCUAGGGCAGACACGGCUACUUUGAGGAAACAGUUAAUUGAGUUUUGUGACCAGAAGUUAAUGGUCAAGCUUGAUAAUGAAUGCCUUCCUAUAGAACAUAUAACGAAAGGUAUAAUGUUUCUUGAUCAUGUGCUUUGUAGAAGAGUUGUUUAUCCAACUCUUAGGUACACUGCGACCGGUGGUAAGAUCAUUAGUGAAAAGGGUGUAGGAACACUUUUGUCGGUUACGGCGAGCUUAAAGCAAUGCAUUAGGCAAUUUAGAAAGUUGAGCUUUCUAAAGGGUGAUAGAGAUCCCGAUCCCCAACCUUGUUUUAGGAUGUUUCAUGCCACCCAAGCUCAUACCAAUGCUCAAAUGAACAAGUUUUUGGCAACCAUGGUUGAGUGGUAUAGGUUUGCAGACAAUAGGAAGAAGAUUGUGAACUUCUGUUCUUAUAUUAUAAGAGGUUCGCUUGCAAAGCUUUACGCUGCUAAAUACAAGCUUCGCUCGCGUGCAAAAGUGUAUAAGAUUGGUUCUCGAAAUCUGAGCCGUCCACUGAAGGAGAAGAAAGGGCAGUCUCCUGAGUACCAUAAUCUGCUUAGGAUGGGUCUUGCCGAAUCAAUCGACGGGCUCCAGUAUACAAGGAUGUCUCUCGUACCCGAGACGGAUUACACCCCGUUCCCUGGUAAUUGGAGGCCUGACCAUGAAAAGUCAUUGCUAGAAUACAUAAAACUAGAAGAUCCAAAGACUUUGGAGGAGCAACAGAGUUGCAUUAGAGAACAAGGUCUUGUUACACCUCAAGAUUACAUUUCAAUGCUUGUUUGGAAUUACAAAAGGAAUUCUCUUCCUAUGGAACAUCUUUCUUUAGCAAAGAGCGACGGAAGUGUUGUAGGGAAUCAGCAUUUGCUAGCUAGCUCAAACCAGGAUGAUGCAAGCAAAGAGGGAGAAAAUGAUGCAAGGAUGAAUGAAGCACAAAUGUAACAAAAGGGUUUGUAUGAUCUUUCACCUUCCCACCACGGGUGUGCCAGAGAAAGGACACAAUAUCCUCCAAAAACUGGAGUACUUUCGUGCAAGCAUCUCAUCUGAAUCGGGAAAAAAUGUAAGGACAAUCCUUGUGAACUAUGGCUAAUAUCAGAUGCAAAUGUUGGAAAAUAAUUCCACAUGAUGUUUAGGAGUCCCUAUAUUGGUCAGUCGACAGAAAGGAGUAUUCAGUUCUGUAUGAAAAGUCUAAUAAAGUUUGCUCCUUGUGGAUGCAUUCGAUAAGCAAGAAGGGAAUUUGAACAACUCAAGCAGGAUCUUCUCAAAUUUACUGUAACACUAUUGGUUGUUAUUUGUUCAUAUGUACUAGUCCCAUUUUUUAAUGAAUUGACUACUCCUCAACCCUUAGUUUUUGACUACUCUUAACAGUUAAAUAUACUUUUGUAUACUUUGUUUCUGUACUACGGGUUAGAAGCUUACAUUAGAUCUUGUUACUGAUUCCACCCAAAGGAAAUGAAGGAAAUAACUCAAUGAUAUUAUGCACAGUUUUUAUAUAUUGUUCAUUUCUG